GGCUUUCGCACAGGAGCAAGGACACUCGAUCGCUGGUAUGGCUAGUCGCCGUUUCGUUGCAGGACACGACGGAGAUAUCCAUCUGCCAGAAAAAUGAAAUGAAGGGUUGUAAUUGCCGUUGAAGCUUCCAGGCCGGGCUCAAUGUGUUAUUAACUUGUUAAGCGAAAAUGGCACUUGUACUAUGCACUUACCACUGGCCUUAGCCAAAUCCUGCCAAUUAAUGUCCUUCUUUUUGAGAGUGGAGGGUUGAGUUUGUGUGCGCUUUUCUGAAUUAAUUCCCAAGAAUUUAUCCUUAUUAAUGGUUCUCUUUGUGUGUCUUUCAUGUUCAACAACGGAUAUCUGGGAGAACAGUAUACUGCUCUGCACUGGGCCGCCAAACAUGGUAAUGAAGAUGUGGUUAAGCUAAUUGCCGGAACCCAUAAGGCCGAUGUUAACGCCAGAACCAAUGGGGGUUAUACUCCACUUCACCUGGCAACACAAUUUGGCAGAGACAACAUAUUUGAAUUGCUUUGGAACACUUACAAGGCCAAUCGUGACAUAAUGGACUGGAGUGGCAACAAGCCCCUGGACUACAGUCGCCAGCGGUCCAGUGUUUCGGCAUCCACGUGCAGCAAAAUCAAGGCUCGCAAAAAGCAUACCAUCGAAAAAGAUUUGGGCUUCCUACGGAUUGGUUCACUGAAUGUCCGGGUAAAGAAGACAACCGAGGCUUUCAGCAAUUUCUUGGGAGUGGGCAAUGGCAGUGGGGUAGCACCGAUGGGUUACGGCAAUGGCGGGGGAACGGGAGCAGCAAGUCGCCCUCACCAUCGGUCUCACCGAGUCCCUCAUCAGCGUCAUCAUUAUCACGCUGGUACGACACGGAAUCGGCAUCCGAAUCAGAGGGCAGCGAUGAGCACACCCUACGGAACGAACGGGGUGGUACCAUCGAGGGCGAGCGUACCCAAUAACCGGAACAUCUACGACGGUGUCCACAAGUCGUGGGGAUCGGCGGAUAAUAUAACCCAGCGAUCAGAGGAACUAAUGCCGCCACCCAAAUCGGUGGAUUAUAUUAGCAAGCGCAACAAGUCCUCGAAGCGAUCCUCAUAUGCCUCCAAUGCCACCGAUUCGCCCCGUGACUCCAUCUGCUCCUCGCACUCUAGCUCGAACCUGAACAGUGGAUACAGCAGCAUGCCCACCACCCCGAAUCAGGUGCGCGCCCCCAAGGGGAUUGAUCCAUCGUUCGUUGUGGACUCCGACUCGGACUCUGCUUGUGGCUUCGAUUCCAGUUGGUCGGUGAACUUGCGGGGAUCCUCGAGCAGCAAUCCAUCACAAUCUUAAUUCCUAAAUAUAUCCAUAAAACUGCCUAACUUGAAGGCUAAAACUUACAACAUUGACCAUAUAAUCGGAAAAGUAUUUGCGUUUUAACAAACUAACCUAUAUAUUAUUCAUUACUUACGUUUUCGAAGCAUUUUUUAGUUUAAAUUAACAUUUCAUAAGUUUUCAAAAUUAAAUUUUUUUCAUAUAUUUAUAGUUUUUGAUGGGACAUGUUAAAAAAUAAAAUUUAUUGAA